AAUUAAAAUUAAAAUUCUUUAAAAUAUAGAGAAAAAAAAACCCCAACUCUCUCCCUCCCUCCCUCUCUCUCUGCCUCUAGACACGCCCCAUCCUCCGACCAUCUUCUCAAAAACAAAAACUCCAAACAGCCGCCUACUAGUCCCAUCUACGACAUAUGCCCGGCCACAACCACCUGCAACGAAUCCGAUCCAAACCCCCACCCAAUCACCCAACCUACAGCACACACCCAGAAAUUGAAAAUUUUCCCCAUAAAUUUCAACAGCUCUACCCUAUUUCAGCACUCCCCAACCCGAUAGACAAUUUUGAAAUUCAACACUCCAUUACAUGCGCAAAACAGUAAAAAAUUCAACCUCAUAGUCAUCCAAUCAAAUCCCAUAAGAACCUAUUGAGUCAGCUAGCCAUAACAUCUAACCCUCAUGUGUCCAACACCGUAUAUGAGGCCUAAAACCCAUUUCCAUUUCCUCCUCCUAUCUCCCUCAUCUCAAACCCAUUUCCCACCGUCAAUUUCCUCUUCUUCCCUUCUCUCUCGCUCUCCUCUUUCUGUUUUUUUUUUUUUUUCUGAGUUGAGUUAAGAUUGAGUUGAGAGACAGAGAAAGGCUGAGUUUAAUUUUGUAAGUUCAUAUCGCGAUAUUAUCGAUAAUAUCGCGAUAUAUUGUCCAUUUAAAGCUGCAACUUGAACGAAAAUAUCGUUACUGAAAUAUCGGCGAAAUUAUCGAUAUUUUGUUUAAAAUUUAUGUACUGAUAUUGUGAUAAUAAUUAUGAUCUGUCUGCUCUCAGCGUAUCACCCUUCUCGCCGUUACCUUUACUAAAACCUCUCUCUCUGUCAAUGGCGGUGGACAAAGACAAGCUUCAGGAAGCCGCUCCCAUUGCUCGUUUCCACAAGAUUGUUCUCGGUUGGGACUACUACGGCCUCCUCACAGAGUUAACUAAGAAUGAGAAGAAGAAUAAGAAGAAGAAUAAGGGAGAGAUAGAUGACGGUUUAGGAAUGGGAAAAGUGAAAGACACCUACAAAGAUGUGGAUGACUAUAUCUCUACUUAUGAACCCCUUCUUUUUGAAGAAGUCAAAGCUCAGAUUAUUCAGAGCAAAGACGAGAAUCAAUUACUAAACCCCAAGAGAAAUUUGGUUGUGGCGUGCACUGAAGUUGAUGGGUUUCACUUAGCAACUCUUACCUAUGAGAAGAGUGACAUGGAUGACAAGGAAGCAAUAUCACAGAAUGAUCUUUUGCUUCUUUUGAAACCAAAUCAUCAAGACAAGGAAGAACUCCCAACAGUCUAUGCUUUUGCAUUGGUAGAAAGUCGUCAGGCGAGUUCUUUUAGGAUUAGAAUGUAUUUGGCCGGAGAAGCCAAAAACUUGAAGACAGAUGCAGUUGAAACUUGUCCAAGGUUGUUAAACAUAAAGUCAUUGGUUACUUCUAGUAUUGAAGGAGAGAGGUUUUUUGUCACUCGAAAGAUUUGCAGUUUAUCAACUAUUGCUCGUGAAUAUGUAGCUCUAUGGUCAAUUGGCUCUCUGCCCUUUAAGGAUAUAAUUCUUGGAGCUGCUGAGAAAAAUAUUGAUUCAGAAGGCCAAGCCUGGAAAAUUUCUAGGCCUCUGGAGGAAUUUAUAAAAGACAAUCUUAAUGAAUCACAACAAAACGCCAUACAAGCCGGUCUAUCGCGUAAACCAUUUAUCCUGAUACAGGGUCCUCCAGGGACAGGGAAGACACAAACUAUCCUUGGGCUUCUUAGUGCCAUUUUGCAUGCAACACCAGCAAGAGUGCACUCCAGCAGUGGGUCACAAAACAUAAAGCUUCGGCAAAAGUUAACUGUUCAGGAGAAGUUCCAUCAUUGGCAAUUAGCAUCUCCAUGGCUUAGUGGUAGCAAUCCUAGAGAGGAAAUAAUGCCUGUUAAUGGUGAUGAUGGUUUUUUUCCGACCACUGGAAAUGAGUUAAAACCAGAAGUAGUCAAUUCUAGUCGUAAAUACCGCGUACGUGUCCUUGUGUGUGCUCCUUCAAACUCUGCCCUGGAUGAGAUUGUGUUGCGUGUUCUGAACAGUGGUGUGCGUGAUGAAAGUGACCGUUCAUAUAAUCCCAAAAUUGUGCGGAUUGGUCUUAAGGCUCAUCAUUCAGUCCAAGCAGUCUCCAUGGAUGACAUGGUAGAACGAAAGAAAGGAAGCAUGGGGGGUAGUAAAGACAGAGAUGGAGGUGCUGAUAGGUUUCGAGCAGAAAUUUUGGAGGAGGCAGUUAUUGUCUUCUCUACCCUUAGCUUUAGUGGUUCACCUCUUUUCAGUAAAUACAAUCGUGGUUUUGAUGUAGUUAUAAUAGAUGAAGCUGCACAAGCUGUGGAACCAGCUAUUCUUGUUCCAUUGACAAAUGGAUGCAAACAAGUAUUUCUGAUUGGUGACCCGGUUCAACUGCCAGCUACUGUAAUUUCUCCAAUUGCUGCUAAAUUUGGGUAUGGAAUGAGUUUGUUUGAGAGAUUUCAAAGGGCUGGUUAUCCAGUGACCAUGCUGAAGAUGCAGUACCGAAUGCAUCCAGAGAUUAGGAGCUUUCCUUCUCGAGAGUUUUAUUCAGAGUCAUUGGAGGAUGGUCCUAAUAUUAAAGAGCAGACAAAGCGUUCCUGGCAUGACUAUCGCUGCUUUGGACCCUUUUGCUUUUUUGACUUACAUGAAGCGAAAGAAUCGGAGGACUCAGGAAGUAAAUCUAAUGAUGCUGAGGUAGAAUUUGUCAUGCUCUUGUACAAUAAGUUGGUCAGUAAAUAUCCAGAGCUUAAAUCAAGUCAUCAGUUCGCGAUUAUAUCACCCUAUGCUGCACAAGUAAACCUCUUGAAAGAACGUUUCAAAAGUACUUUCGGAGUGCAGUCUGAGAAAGUAGUGGAUAUUACUACUGUUGAUGGUUGCCAGGGACGUGAAAAGGAUGUUGCAAUAUUUUCUUGUGUCAGGGCAAGCGAGAAAGGAGCCAUUGGGUUUUUGGCUGAUUUCCGGCGAAUGAAUGUUGGGAUCACAAGAGCAAAAUCUUCCAUCUUGGUAGUGGGAUCUGCAUCAACAUUAAGGAAAGGUGACGAGCAUUGGAAUAACCUAGUGGAAAGUGCUGAAAAGAGAAACUCUCUAUUUAAGGUUUCAAAGCCGUAUGCUUCAUUUUUCAGUGAUGAGAAUCUGGAAUCCAUGGCAAUCAAGAAAGAAUCCUCCAUGGAGGAAGUUCAGAAUGAUGAGCUGGAUAACGAUCCAGGUUCCUACAAUUUUGGGGAUGCUGACCAAGCACAGGGAGAUGACAAUGACUAUGGAGAUGGAGACGGGGAGGCAGACAUGGGUGACGGCGGCGAUGACUGAAUUGUAAUAUGACUUUGGAGUGUGGGACGUCGAUGAUUUUGGGAAGCUUCUUGUGUAGUUUUCACUACCGUCAGCUGUUAAGAUGCAUAGACCCCAACUCACAAUUCUUGUAUAUCAAUUGAAACUAGCAACAACAUUAAGUUCACAUUAAGUUCCAUUUAGAGUCGGUCUAUUUAAUAAAUGAAUCCGAUAUCAUUUGACUACUCAAUUAAAUUAUUGAAAUUUAAAUACUUUC